AUUGGGAGGAUACUCGAUCUUCAACCUCGAACGACGACAACGACCACCUCACCGUCGACAACAAUGGCGUCUCGUCCUACCGUCACUAUCGCCACGGCUGAAGGCAAGCCCAGCGGGGCCACUGCCCCCCUGCCCGCCGUUUUCAACGCGCCCAUCCGUCUUGAUGUUGUCCAGCAGGUUCACACCGGCAUGGCCAAGAACAAGAGACAGCCUUAUGCUGUGAGCGAGAAGGCUGGUGAACAGACCUCUGCUGAGUCCUGGGGUACCGGUCGUGCCGUCGCUCGUAUCCCUCGUGUCUCUGGUGGUGGUACCCACCGUGCUGGUCAGGCUGCCUUCGGUAACCAGUGCCGCUCUGGUCGUAUGUUCGCUCCUACCAAGGUCUGGCGCAAGUGGCACCAGAAGCUCAACCAGAACCAGAAGCGUUUCGCUACUGCUUCUGCUCUUGCUGCUUCUUCCGUCCCUGCCCUCCUCUUCGCCCGCGGUCACCGUGUUGCCAACGUUCCCGAGGUUCCCCUCGUUGUUGAGUCCAAGACCUUCGAGAACGCCGCUCUCACCAAGACCCGUGCUGCUGUCACCCUUCUGAAGGCUCUCGGUGCCGGUGACGAGCUCGUCAAGGUCGCCAAGUCCCGCAAGAUGCGUGCCGGUAAGGGUAAGCUCAGGAACCGUCGCUUCCGCCAGCGCCGUGGUCCUCUCGUUGUCUACAACCCCGAGGUUGAUGGCAAGGAGCUCGUCCGUGCUUUCCGCAACAUCCCCGGUGUUGAGACCUCCCCCGUCUUCGCCCUCAACCUCCUCCAGCUCGCCCCUGGUGGUCACCUCGGUCGCUUCGUUGUCUGGACCUCCUCUGCCUUCGAGGCCCUCGACCAGGUCUUCGGCACUGGCUCCGCCCCUGCCACCCUCAAGAAGGACUACGUCCUUCCCCAGAACGUUGUCGCCAACGCUGAUCUGGCCCGUCUCAUCAACUCUUCUGAAAUCCAGUCCGUCCUCCGUGCUCCCAAGGGCGAGGCUCGCACCAAGCGCGCCAACGUGCAGAAGAAGAACCCUCUCCGCAACAAGCAGGUUAUGCUCCGUCUUAACCCCUACGCUGCUGCUUUCUCUAAGGAGAAGCUCGGCCAGAAGGCUGUUGAGAGCGAGAAGCCUGCUGGACCUUCCAAGGAGUUCCUCACUACUCUUCACGAGAACUAAAAGGGUGAUUCGGUUUUGUGUUUGAUAUGAUUUACUUCGGUUAAAAGGUAGCACAGCAAAUGAAUAUGGAU